UCGCCGCCCUCUUCCCGCGCCGUCCAUAAUUCCAGGGAUGGAGUUCGGACGGCUGAGCCUCAGCGCCGGGGCGUACGGUCCGGUCGGCUGGGCGGGCGCUGGCGGGAGGGGCAGGGCAGAGGCAGUCCCUGCAGCGGGAGCACAGGUUGAUGGUCACCUCCAUCUCCGAGCGGGCUUGAAAGGGCUUGGGCUCUCCCGCAGCCCACCCCAGGAACACGGGAAGGGCGGGGGUCCCGCAGCAGUUCCACAUGCUCCGGUCGGGCCCUGCCCUGGCAGCUCCGGCUUUUCUGCUUCCUCCGAGUUCUCAGCAGCGCUCGGCCUCUCACUGCCAAAAGCUGGAAACCCUGCCCAAGGCUACAGGGGGCUCUUGGACAUCGUUUGCCAUGUUGGGAAGGAGAGCGACACACCAUUUUUCAGGAAUUGCCACGCUGCCUGUUCCGCGAGGAAAGGGAAAACAGGAGCCCGUGGGGCUGAGGGCGGAAGAUGUCGGCAGCGCUGCCCGCUCCGCAUGGCAGCCGGGCCGAAGCUGCGCUCCCUUUCCAGCCAUGUGCGCCCCAGCAGCAGAGCCCUGCUCCGCCGGGCCGUGCCGGGGCCAGCCCCGUGUCGAACCGAGGUGCCGGGUGCCACCGAGGCGCUGCCGCGGGGCUGCCGAGGGCGCCGGCCGCGUGCGCCCUUCGCCGUGCCCCGGGAGCGCCGGGAGCGCCGCUGGCUGCUCCAGCAGCGGUUCCUGUUUCUUUGUGGCCGCUCCGAAACCACAGCCGCCUGCUUCGGAACCCUGCCCGCGGAGUUUGAGCUGCGGCCGGUGGGAAAGAUCUCUCUGGGAAAGAUCACUGAGGAAGCUUACUCAGAGCAUCAGGAGAGCAGCGGGGAACGGGAGCGAAAACACGGGACAGAGAGCACGAUCUGGGAGAGGAACCCGGGUAGCACAAGACUCAGCCAGAAAGGAAGGAAACAGCAGAGAAAGAUGAAAGAUGUGAAGGGGAAGCGGAGCAAACAGUUUCAUUAAAAAGCACAUUUAAAAGGCUAUUGACAAAGAUGAAAGGGACAGUGACAAACAACAGUAAGCACUAAGGCCAUUUCAAGUCACUUCAGUUUUUUUAAUCAAAUGGAAUUUGAUGCCAAAAUAUUGUGCAAAACCACAUGAUUAUAACUUUAAUAUCAGGAGCAAGCAGAGAAGCAAACGAGGACUAAACUGGGGAAGGAUGUAUACAAACAAGAGUUGUGCAUGUUGUAGACAGUCACACAAAAUACAAAGAAAAACUUCUCCCUUCUCUCUCCCUUUACAUCUAUCUAUUGCCAUUUUCUCUUGCUAACUUUUUUCUGUUGUUCUACUGACUUCUUAGUUAUGCUUGAUUGCUACACUACCCUCCCCACUUCCGAAUUUUCAGACAUCUUGUCAACUAGAGUCUAACCAAAACCUAAAAGUGCUGAGAUAAAACUUAUUGUAAAAACACGAUUAUAGACAAAAUCUUUCUAAGAAGUCAUUAAUUCCUAGACUACCUGGUGGAGGGGUAGGAAUCUAAAACUGGCUAUAAACUUGUUCUCUGUUUUACUUGCAAAACAUUUGUGUUGAAUUUUGAACUGGAAGAGUCCUUAAUACUUUCAAAUGUUAAACUGGUUCAGAACCUCUAAGCAAAACAGAUCUGUAAUGCUAGAAAGACUUAUUAGAAAAGCAUGUAUUUAAAUUAAUUUAAUUCCCACUACCUAUAGUAAGAUGAAAAAACUAGUGAAGUUACUUUCCUUCUCAUGUACAGCACAUGAGUUUUUACUUCUGCAUACAUCUUUAGUCCUGCAGAACAAUGGGACAAGAGUGGAUUACCAUCUUCACAAAAAAAAAAUUGAGAUUAGAGUACGCACCACUUGUCGUGUCCUCACUUCAGUGCUAAAACAUUCACUGUGAAAUAAAAGCAUUUCUGAUUUUAUGUUAAAUACUUUGCACACAGCCAACUUACCACAGGGCGAAAGAGCAUUAUCUUGACCAUUUUGCAUAGGUACUCAAAGGGAUAUCAGGUAAGGUCUCAGAGGAAAAUAGAAAGCCUAGAGGCAAGUAUCGAUGCAAAAAUAGUGAUCUACAAAUAUUUUAAGUAGAUAUUAGUCAUAUUCAAUUCUAUUUACUAUCCCUUUGUUAUAUUUGAAGUUGAAGCAUCUGAAAUAUGCAGUUUUUACAGAGUAUACAGAGAAACAUCAGAGAUGAAACUCAGCAGGCCUAGUGGAGACCUCUGGUUACGUUACUUCUCUCUAUAAAGCAAAAUGUAUAGAAAGAUCCCUAUAAAAGCCCAUAAAUUCAACAGCUGUGUCAAAAAAUUCAUGUAAGUCAGUCUUAUAUACACAAGAAAAUACAUGGUUCCACACUUCUGGCAAUAGGAAGGGUGAUGCCUGGCAGCAGACAGACACUGGGAGUCCCUGGCUGUGCAUGCAAGGUUAGCAGAGCACGUGAGCCCUGAGCCCCAAAAUCUGCACAUCAGACUCACUCAGAGGUGCGGGGAGCCACGUGCUUUUGAAAAAAGCCUGGCAGGGGAAGGAAAAACUGGAGGAGCCUGGCGCUCACUUGUGUUCUGCCCCCUGAGUCAGUACAGUGCAAAGUGCUCCAGUACCUCUGCUUGCAAACUUGAUCAAGGACUACAGGUAUGAUGUAACCAGAAAAUAAAAUCCAGCAGGAAGACUGCAAACACAGAGCACCUUACAAGGGCCAAGAUCUACACCUACAAAAAUGCAGAUAAGAAGGCAGUUCUCUUUAUAAACUCAGUUUCC